AUGAUUUUAUUAUGCUUCUUAACAUUAUUAUUUUUACUACUUAGCUACAUUGUUUGCUAUAUUGUCGUAAGAUCGAACAAAAUCAUCAAUAAUCUCAAUGUUUGGAACAAAUACGCUUCAUUGAGAUUAUCUUUAAGUGCAGAAAGCUUAAAUCCAUUGUUUAUAUUAGUUGCCGUACAUCCAAACCGUCAAUUCUAUACAUUUUCAGACUUUUCAACUUUAAUUACACUGUCAAGUUUAGUUUUAAACGGAUUACAGACAGCAGAGAAGAAUUUAAUCGAUGGAGAUGAUAAAUCAGAGCCAUGCAAAGGUUUCGACUCAGUUUUAGAUGAUCUUAAUAUAAUAGAUAAUGAUUUAGAAGAUAAUCUCACAGUUUAUACUUAUUAUGCGAAUGCAAGUAUUCAUCAGAUGAUAACAAUCUAUACAGAAUUUGCUACAUCACUAAUGCAGUAUGUUUCAGCAGCAGGAACAACGAUUCCUGUAGAUUUAGUUGCAAAUCUGAUUUAUCUUGCAAAUUAUAGAAUGUUUGAUAGACUGAAACAAGUAACAGAUCGUAUUGUAGCUCUUGGAUCUCGAGAAGCUACAACAGUUAAGAGAGAUUUAGCAGCUUUGCUCGGAUCAGCGAUUGUAAUCAUAGUUUUGUUCGUUUUUGUUGUUUUCCUGUAUUAUAACAACAGAGUGAAUACUUAUAGAGCAGCCAUAUCCGUCAUUAAGAGGUUCUCUCCAUAUCUUUUGUUGAAUAACAAAAAAUUUGACACAUUGUUCCUAAAAAGUGACAGCAAAGUUACAAAUGGAAAUCUGACACUUGAAGAAAAUAUCAUAAAAUGCGCUAAUGAUACUAUAUUCCUUACAAAUGUAUAUGGUGUCAUUGAAGUUUGCAAUAAUUCAGUGAAUUCUUUACUUGGAUUCACUUUAGAGCAAGUUUUAGGCCAGAAUAUAUCAUGUUUCUUCUCACAAGACAAUGGACAGAAGGUUUCGUUGAAGCUUGAACAGAUGAGAAAUGGCCAAUCUUCUUAUUUCUACGAAGAUGACUUUAAUUCAGUUACAGAUGCAUCGAAAGAAAUACCAGUGCAUGUGACAAUCAUUGGUAUGAAGAAAGAUUAUGAUUUGAACUCAUUUGCCGUAAUUUUAAGAGAUCAAACAGAUUUGGUCGACCAAAAACUAAGAGCAGAAGAGGCAAAAGCAAAAUCAGAACAGUUAUUGUAUCAAAUCUUGCCAAGAGAUGUAGUUGUCCAGCGAAACAAAGGAGAAAAGAAUAUUUCAUUUGUUGUUCCAUCAGCAACGAUUAUUUUCAUUGAUAUCAACAAAUUCUCGGAGUAUUCAAGUAACUUGACACCAACAGAUAUCAUGUCUAACUUAUCUUAUUACUUUGCAGUUAUUGAUAAAAUUGCAUCGAAAUAUGAAAUGGUCCAGAAGAUCAAAUUGAUAGGAGACAUUUACAUGGCAGCCACAGGAUUAUUCCAUCCAGAAGCAAGUCCAGAAUCCCAUGCAAAACAAACAGUUCUUUUCGCUUUAGAAGUAAUUUCUGCUUUGGAUGAAAUAAAUUUGAGACUUUCUGCAAAUUUGCAAAUAAGAAUCGGAAUCAAUACUGGUGGUCCUAUUAUUGCAGGUGUUUUAGGUACAGAUAAACCCGUGUUCGAUAUAAUAGGUGAUCCUAUAAACGUGGCUGCAAGAUUACAGAGUACAAGUGAUGUAAACAAAGUUCACAUUUCUCAAGCAACAGAAAGUAUUUUGACAAACAUGAACUUUGAGAUAACAAAGCGCGGGGAGACGUUCUUGAAGGGUAAGGGUAAGCAGAUGACAUAUUAUAUAGCUAACCCUCCACCAGUUGUUAAUCCUUUAGCUAGUUUCGUUGUGAAAUAA